GAUAAUUAACUAUGUUAUUGACAAUGGUGACGUAAGAAGGAAUUUGCUUUUGUGAUGUUAGUUCUAAUGUGUGAAAAGUGUGUGGAAUUUUACAGUUCAACAGCCUUAGCUGUUAAUUUAUGUAGUUUAUAGACUUGGGAUGUGUGUGCAUCGUAAGUUCCAUUUAUCACGAAGUAAAACGAAUGUUUGAAGAAUGGAGACAUUGUUGCCAUCGGAAGUUGCAAGGCUUGUUUUAGGUUAUCUGCAAGACAAUUGUGAGGAUGCCGCAAGAAUUUUUUUAGAGCAGUCAUCUCACCUUGCUGAAUGUUUGGAACUUGCGAAGCAAGGAAGAAAAUACACUACCAAAGUAAUGGGGAACAGCCUCAUUGACUUGCUGCAGGAAUACUGUGCAGUUCAUUGCUUAGUAUCUGAGCGCUCACAGAAACUGCCCGAGAAUGCAGCAGAACAGUUGAAACAGAGUGCUAGUUUGGUGCAAAAACUGAAAUUUUUGAUAGAUGCGUCAAAGUCGGGCCAGACGUUUCUGCUUAGUAUUACAGUUCCUUCGCAGGGUUCGGCUAGCCAAACAGGCAGCACGCCGGCUUCAUCUGGACGAUCAAAAUCAUGGUUGCAGUGUUCCUCAGAGCGUGCAAAACGUUCGGGUGUACGGAGCCAGAAAUCAAAAGAGAAGGACGACAAAUCUGUAAGGAGGUCCAGCAACAACAGUGUGGAAGCAACACCUCUACAUAGCCUACCUGGCCUGUCCCCGGCUGGCAAUUGUUGGAACAGUUCAAGAGACCGAGCAGACAGCAAUGAUGAUCAAGCUGAUGCUCCUGGGUGUUCACCAUCCAGUUGCUCUACACCAAGGAGGAAGGGACCACCACCUAGGAAAAAGCUAAGUACAUCACUGAGUAAGCUGAAGAAGACACAUUCAGAGGAAAAUGAUUCAAACGAAAGUGUCGAUAUUGCACUACUGCAACAAGCACUUUUGGAGAAUAAGCAGCUGCAUGAAAAAAUUGCAGAGAAUAUUAACAGAGUUAUGAGGAUACCCAGUGAUGGCACUUCAGAAUCUCAGCUUCCAGUAGCACCUCCCCCGGAAAGUCUGCCAGUACCAUGUGAUGGCAUGAUGAAUGAACUGGAUCAAGCUAUCAAGACCAUUGUACAUCAAACUGAACAGGACCCUUUGUUUGAAAGUUUUCUUGAAGAAAUACUAGGCCCUAUUGAGGAGGAAGUCAGCUCAAGUCCAGCAGCUGGUGACUGCGAGAGCGACACAGAGGAGACUGGCAGCGGCAGCCCCCACCCCCGUGAGGCAGCAGCAGAAGAGGAGAGCCUGAACACGCCACGGACUUCCCACUCCGUGGAUGAGGAGUCGACCCCAGCCCCAGGAGAGGUGCCGCUAAAGCAGAGGCUUCGCAGUGCGCGGAACCGCAUCUCAGAUGGCUCAUUGCCCACUCCGUCUACCCCCUCUGCACAUGGAAAUCUUAGCUUGAGAUUGGCUGCUGAGAGUCCUGAAAAUGUUGCGAAUGGUUCACGGGAAAAACAAUCUAUGGUAAGCCAUCAUGAGAGCUCAGAUCUCUUAGGAGGAAGCUGCAUAUUGGUUGGAUUCAGGUGGAGAGAAACUGCAAUAAACCGCAAAUUUACCCGAUGUCUCUGUUAUAAUCUCAGCAAAAUGUUUGAAAUUGAUUGAAAAAUUCACACAUGCAAGACUAAAAGGCAGAAAAUAAUUAUUUGGAUAAAAAUCCGUUUUUAAUGUACCAUGUUUUUAAA